AUGGCCACGGUUCGAUUUCUUUUAGCUGUAACUUCGGAACAAGGAUGGACGGUUUGUCAAAUGGACGUACAUAACGCUUUCUUACAUGGAGAUCUCGAUGAGGAAAGUUAUAUGAAGUUACCUCCAGGCUUUGAAAGUGAUGAUCCUUCUAACGUGAAACCAUCAAAAAGGAUGCAAAAAGGAGUAAAAGAGUCUCAAACCAAUUCCAUGCAAGUUUCCAAGUCAAGAACAUCAUUUUAUCUCCAAGUGUUAGUUCUCGCUAGCGAGCAGAACGAAGCUUCGGAAGUUUGGCCGCGUGCGGAGGAGUUCCCGACGUCCAAAAGUCACGAUCUUGAUAUGGAAAGAUAG